CCUACCCCAAUUCCCCAAUAAAAUCUUAAAAAUAAAAAAAGCAAUUAUGCAGAGUCUGUCACUCUGUACCUUCUCAGACCAAAAAUUCUAGGCUUCAGGCUCUCUUGCAUCAAGAAAAUAAGGACUGGUUUGGACCAGGGUAUCCUGGGGAAGGGGAACUAGUGGAGGCAUGGGCCAGGACAUACCCACUUCCUCCCCACCAACAGCCCUGCCCCUGAUAAAAAUGCCAAGCAGUGGGAUUCCAUCCCUGAUCCCUUACUACUAAGGACUAUUUACACGCCCUAUCUUGAAAGAGGGCUCGUGGGAACCUGCAACAGAGAAGAGAGAGGCCGGACCCCACCGAGCACGCCAAGUUGGUUAUGGACGCCCCUAGACUGAGCCCUCUGCACCGGCCGCAGAAACUCCCAUUUCUCCAGGAAGAAGUACACAAUCCUUGGGUAAACGGAAGCUCAGCACUCGCAGCCUCCCCCCAACUUUGGCUCAGCUCAGCCUCUCCAGGAUACAGUGCAAGCAACGGAGUCGAAAGAGGCACCGCCCCGCCCCCCUAGUCUCCGGCCCUCGAUACCACCUCCCCAACUCUCCCCUGCGACGUGGGAACCGGGUUGAGGAACCCAGGGUGGUACCGGAACGGGUCUCGAUGGGGCCUCUCUAGGAAAUUGGGAAUUUCACAUAUCGUUAGCACUCAGGUCAUGUUGAUUGGCCUAAAAGCUAAAGAACCGGAAGAUGCCCAUAAAAAAACGUGGCGACACUCUAGCUUCACUACAGUUGUCUCAGUAGCUCAAGGAACUUGGCAUCGUCUUCGGCCACGGCCUGGCCUUAGAAGGUGACGCCACCCGGCCUACUUCGGUGCCUCGAGGACAGCGCCAUCUGCCCUCAACCGUAAUGGUGGCACUGCCCAAUUGGGCGGCUUGCCCCUAGGAAUGAUGGCUGCCAGGAGGCUUCACUUAGUUUCUCACCACCCAGGAAGACGAGGGCCGGCGAUUGGGCGCUGCCCGGGGGCUCCGAGAAGAAAGCCCUCGGCGGUUGGGCAGCGCUGGGUAAAGCUGGUUUUAAAGGAGCCGCAGGUGGGAGCCGUCGAAGACCCGGGAUCGGCGGGAGGCGACGGCUGCAGUCUGGGAUCCCCCAGGGACUCCCCGGAGCUGCCUCUUCCCCCAUGGACUUGCCCGGGGACUCCAGCCCGCCUGGGCAGCCACGCCUGUGCCGCCAGCCCCUGGCUCGAGCAUUAUGGGGAGCCAGAAGCCCGAAACGGGCGAGGCUGCAGCCCCAGCUGGCCCCUUCACCCAUGGAAAAGGCCUCUCGGCGGGUCCUGGCCGUGGUUCUGGAAGAUGUCAUGGCUGCCCAUAUGGCCCCCCUAGUGCCCCAAGAGGAGACCUCCACCUCACAGCACCCCGCCAACUGUCAGGAUUCUGUCUGCAACCAACUGCCUGCCUCGCCGCCCCGACAGGCCACGUGGUUGUCCCAGGCCAGGCCUCCCGACCCCCUGCACUUAUGCCGAGAGCCCUUGAGCCACAUCCGUUGGUCUCCUUCCACCUUGAGGUAUCGAUCAAGGACAACCCCUGGCCCAGAGGAGGGCCUUUCACGAGAGGUGGACCGGGUCCCCCAGCCCACUCUGGUGGUCAUGCUAAAAGACAUUGCCAGCCCCAGACCCCCAGCUGAGGGCUUCGCCGACGACAUGGCUCCCAACUUCAUCGUCCCAGCCAGAAGAGCUGAGUCCAUGACAAUGGUUAACCAGCCAAUGCCUCUGCUCAGGGACCUGGAACCCCCGCUCCAGCCAUCUGCCCUGCCUGCAGACCCUCUGGAAAAUCCACCCCCAGCCCCAGAUCCUGUUCUGGAGCCCCCAUCGACCCCACCGCCGUCCAGCCUUUUACGCCCCCGCCUCAGUCCCUGGGGCUUGGCCCCCCUCUUCCGUUCCGUCCGCUCCAAGCUCGAGAGCUUUGCUGACAUCUUCCUCACACCCAACAAAGCCCCGCAGCCCCCACCCCCAUCGCCCCCCAUGAAGUUGGAGUUGAAGAUUGCCAUCUCAGAGGCUGAUCAAUCCAGGGCUGCUGAGAGCACUGCAUCUGUCAGUCCCCGACCCCCUAUCCGCCAGUGGCGGGCCCGAGACCACAACCCCCCAGCACCUCUCCCUAAGUCCUCUCUGGGCCGAAGCCACUCCUGCCCUGAUCUGGGGCCCCCAGGUUCAGAUCCCUGCAGCUGGCCCCCUGCUCCACAUCAUCCAAGCCGGCCACGGCCCCGGCGGCACACUGUGGGUGGUGGAGAGAUGGCCCGAGCCCCGCCACCCCCUCGGCCCUGUCUCCGGAAAGAGGUCUUCCCUCUUGGAGGAGUGGGAGGUUCUCCUCCCCUCGUCACAUCUUGCUCGUCCACCGCAUCUACUUCCUCCUUCUCUGAACCUGCAGAACCCAGGUUGGGCUCAACCAAGGGGAAGGAGCCAAUGGCCUUAGAGGACCAGGUGCUUUCUGACCCUGAGACCAAGACCUUGGGAAAGGUUUCUCGAUUCAGAAUACGCAAGACACCAGCCCGCCCUCAGCUAAACCUUACACCAAUGGGGCUGCCUCGACCAAUCAGGUUGAAUAAGAAAGAGUUCAGCUUGGAAGAAAUUUACACCAACAAGAAUUACCAGUCACCUACAACCAGGAGGGCCUUUGAGACCAUCUUCGAGGAACCCCGGGAGCGCAAUGGGACUCUGAUUUUCACCAGCUCAAGGAAGCUGCGGCGGUCUGUAGAAUUUCGGGAUAGUAGCCUCCCUCGAUCCCGGCGGCCAUCUCGUGGGGUCCGGGCUGCAGCUGGCAGGACCCUUACUCCCAACCUCACCCCCAGCCCAGAUGUGGGAACCCUGCUGCAGCAGCGGCUGGAGGAACUGGAUGCCUUGCUCCUGGAAGAGGAGAAAGUGGAUUAGGGAGCAACCCCAUUGGACCAUCCAUCCUAGAGGAAAGGGAAGACUCCGAGGCCAUUUUAUUUUUUUCUCUAUAUUUCUAGUAAAGUUUUUGAUAUGUUUCUGA